UCACUGUUUCUCCAUCCACUGUCCUUUACGCCGGUCCCCACUGCUUCUCCGUUUCUCUCUGUGGCCGCCGCUCGUCAUUGUUUGGAUGAGGCAGGCAGCAGCCUUGUAAAUUUAGUCAACCAACUCUAAUUUAAGAGACGGAACUCGCAUGGAUUGGGGGCAGCUGCCUGCCAAAAAUUAUACACCCCAAAAUGAGGGUCGUUUUGUUUUGGACUAUAUAUAUAUAUAUAUAUAUUUAAUUCCUUUCUUCUUGUUUCUUCCUAACCAGACGCAGAGACGGCGAGACCGAGACGCGACUACGCUACGCUUUACCCUUUCGCCUCUACGCAGACCGCAGAUUUGCAGAUUCUCCUCCACGCCUCCACCGACCAUGCCUCCAUCCGUCUCCAUCGUCCGGGCCGUCCGUUCACCAUUAUAGAUUUAUAGCCUCAGGUGUCAGGGUGCAGCUGCCACUCACAUCUCAUCUCGCAAUCAGCCCCCAACUUCUCCGUUCCAAAUCGUCAUUCCCAACGAAGUCUAUCACCGAAGUACAAGCUAUUCAAUUUCAAUCAUAAUCACAUCAAUCUUCACCUCAAGUUCUUGUACUGAUUCAACCCUCAGUUUCUAACUGAAAAAUUAAAAAAGAAAAAUAAAAAAUCCCCAGUACUCUAAUCCUUGAUAAGCAAAUGGAAGCUAAAGAGCCAAUUAUCAUCUCAGGGAAAGAGGAGAUGAGAAAAUGGUCAAGGUCCUUGAGAGCCCAAGGCAAGUCCAUAGGCUUUGUACCCACCAUGGGCUAUCUCCACGAAGGCCAUCUUUCCCUCAUAAGAGAAUCCCAGAAACAUGCAGAAGUCAUAGUGGUUUCCAUCUAUUUGAACCCAGGUCAAUUCUCUCCCAAUGAGGACCUCUCCACAUAUCCUUCUGAUUUUCUUGGGGAUAUUCAAAAGCUCAAGUCAAUUCCUGGUGGCGUUGAUGUUGUGUUCCACCCCCAUAACCUGUAUGAUUAUGGAGAUGGUGAUAGAUCUAAGAGGAAUGAAAAAGAAAUGGGUAGAAGAGAAGGAAACGUUGUGUCUUGUGUAGAAGCUGGGGGAGCAGGGCAUCAGACGUGGGUCAGAGUUGAAGGAUUGGAAAAGGGGUUGUGUGGGAAAAACAGGCCUAUUUUCUUCAGAGGGGUUGCAACUAUUGUCACCAAAUUGUUCAACAUUGUUGAGCCUGAUGUUGCUGUCUUUGGUAAGAAGGAUUAUCAGCAAUGGAGGAUUAUUGAGAGAAUGGUGCGAGAUCUUGAUUUUGGAAUUAAGGUGAUUGGUGCUGAGGUUAUGCGAGAGGAUGAUGGCAUUGCGAUGAGUUCUCGAAAUGUGCGGCUCUCUCCAGAUGAGAGGAAACAGGCUGUGUCUAUAAGUCGAGCACUUUCAGAAGCCAAGGUAGCAGCAGAGAAGGGUCAGGUCAAUUGCUGCAAGGACUUGAGAAAUUCAGUCAGUAAAACUAUAGAAGAGGCGGGUGGAAGGAUUGAUUAUGCGGAGAUUGUAGACCAAGAAAGUUUAGAGCCAGCCGAAGUGAUUGAAAGGCCUGUGGUAUUUUGCGUAGCUGCAUGGUUCGGAAAGGUCAGACUGAUUGACAAUAUGGAAAUUAAGAUUAAUGCCUGAUGGAUGAUGAAGUUGGCAUUAGGGCCUUAGAGGUGGUGGAUCAAACAAGGUUUGCCCCCCCUCUCUCUCUCUCUCAUCUUUCCUUUUUUACAUUCUGAGUUGCAAUAUAAAUAAAGCUUCAAUAGAAAGUUAGUUGUAAUUGUAAAAAUAAAUGCUAAGACAACAGGUUGAUUGAGUGCUGUAAAUCUCAUAAACAAAGGGAAAGGAAGGCACCCUUGUAACGUUUACUAUAAUAUAUAAUACAUUCAAAGAA